AUGUCGAGCGACGUUCUCAACUUCAACAAGCCCUGCCGUGUUUGUCGCCGCCGAAAGGUUCGUUGCGAUAAGAAGCAGCCCUGCAACAACUGUGUCCGUCAUGGAGUCCAAUGUGUCUAUGAAGCCCCGCCCGAAUCUGCCAUGAGCCAACAGCUGCUUCAAAAGAGGGUCGAGCGGUUAGAACGUAUAGUGGAAGACCUGAUCGCCUUGUCUCUCCCCGACUCAGCUCUCCAACUCUCUCAGCGAAACAGUUGCCCAUCUGGAAACAGCCCUUUCAGUAGUCCUGGUCUUGGUUCAGACACUCCUGCUGAUAAUGAAAGCCAUAUAUUUCGGCUAGGAAACUCCGAUCACAUGGGACCGCAUCCAUCGAUGAGCAUCGACCACUUCAUCUAUGAACCCUGCCAUCUUAACAUCAAUUUUGAUAAUAGUGCUGAUGAUGAGAUGUGGAACUGGCCUCUACACCCAAUGAGCCCUAAGACCAGAAAUACAUCUUACUUUCAUCUUCCGAGAUGUAAGGAAGAUGUGCUGAUGAACCAUUUUUUCGACCAUGUUGAACCUUUCAUUCGAAUCAGCCAUAAGGGACACUACUGGCAAAUGGUGGCAGACUAUCGACAAGGCAAUUGCAUUUCCGCUGGUGAAGUGGAGGCUCUUAUGUCCGCUACGCAAUACAUCACCGCAACAGUUCUACCGGCAUCGAUCAUCCAGGAGCAGAUUGGCGUGGCUAGAUCGGAACUGAGCAACCAACUUCAGCAGAAGACUGAACUCGCACUUCAACGGGCGGACCUGAUGAGGAGCCGAAAUACCAUCCUCUUUAAUGCUCUACUCUAUUACAUUACCUGUCAGUUCCAUACUGGGAAUGCUGAAGUAGGCUCGGGUUUGCUUGGUCUUGCAGCGAGUAUUGCUAGGCGGAUCGGCAUACAGAGAGAUCCGGCGUACUACGGCUGCGGGCCGUGGAUUGCUGAGAUGAGGCGACGGAUGUGGGGCCAUAUCGCUACUCUGGACGCACAGUUUGCUAACAUAGACGGCUUGGAAUCAGUCAUGUUGACUAUCGGUGAUGUUCACCAGUCGCACAACGCCAAUGAUGCGGACUGGAAAGUGUCCACGUUAGUGGGAACCGACCCUGGACCUCGCGAUGGGGAAGGAUUUAGCGACGCGACGGUACCUCUCAUAAGAAGGGAACUCAGUAAGGCGUGCCACAACCUUUUCAAGGCCCAGGGAACAAUAUCAAAUUGCAAAGAUCUCGUGGCGAUUGUUGACGAAACCGAGAAAUACCUUCGGUGCAAGUUCAUUCAGCACUUCGACGGAUCCAAUUCAAUGCAACUGGUCAUCACCCAUUGGUACAAUGCGAUGAUCAAGUUGUUACAUGUCUUGAUACUCUACUUCCAUGCGUCACCAUCAAAAGUAAAGUUGCAAUGUCACGUGUUUGAGCAACUCCAAGGCCGGCUCUAUGAUGAUUGUCUCGCUUGUCUUGAGGAAUUUGAGUGUGGAGAAAAGGCAGCAAUCUCGAAUCAUUGGCAGUGGGCCUUCAGAUGGCCAAUUCCGAUUCAUUGCAUUGCGGGCCUGCUUCUGGGUCUCGCGCGCCGGCCUGACCACGGGGAUACAGAUCGGGCAUGGAAGCAGAUUGAUGUUGUCUUCCAGCGCUACAACAACGAGGAUAUCUCCGUGGCCGAGGUUCUUGCAUGGAACUCCGUCGAGAACUUGUGCGACCAAGCAAUGCUAAAGCACCCGAACCGCGCGCACGAGGGCCGGUCAUAUGUCGAACGCAUUCACAAAACUGCUCCUGUGACGGCCUGGGAGCCGCAUAGAUCUGAUGCGGUGUCUUACGACGGCAUGGGUUUCUCGAGCUUAGACGAAAACAUCAGGCAGUCCAACUUAUCCCACAGAUUUUCAGGAGAAGGCAUGGAUUCGGGUUUCUCGACUGGCGAUAUUGAAGCACUUUUCUGCAACUUGGAUAAAGAUAGCGAAUUUCUACCUACAGACUUCUAA